AUGGAAGAGACUCAUGACACGGCAACCAUGACUUGGGGAGAUUUUAGAAGAGUGUUUGAGACCGAGUAUCGAAUGGUUGACUGGGUUCAUGAGAAAAUACAAGAGUUUAUUAAUCUGAAGCAAGGGAUGAGUACAGUGAAAGAGUAUUCAGUUCAAUUCAACUCUCUUGCGAGGUUUGCACCUGGGAUAGUGAGUACUCCCGAGUUGAGAAGAGAGAAAUUUGUUCUCGGGUUGAGGUCAGAAAUAGCCCGUGAUGUUAUGAUAGGAGCAGAGCCCCCUCAUACCUAUAUUGAAGCAUUAGAUCGGGCUUUGAGAGUAGAGAUUUAUGUGAACAAGAUGAGUUCAGAAGGGCCAUCCAUGAUAGUACAGAAUGAACCGCCCCCUGCUCCGCAAAAAGAAAGAGUUGAGAUUGGGAGAAGUAGAGACAUGAGGAACAAAAAGAGGUUCCAGCCAAAGAAGAAUAGGGGCGAUUGGCAGAGUAAAUGGCCUAGAACUACUGGAGUCACUCCGUGCCCUAAGUGUGGGAAGAAUCAUUUGGGGGAGUGUCUAAAAGAGUUCGGUUCGAAUGUUUGCUAUAGGUGUCACCAGCCAGGGCACCUAAUGAAAGAUUGUAAAGCUCCUCCUCCACCAGCAGCACAGGUUUCUAGAGGCACGAAUGCCAGGGUGUUUACCAUGGCACAGGGUGAGGUGGAGGCCAGUCCAUCAGCAGUAACUGAUUUUGGAGCCACGCAUUCUUUUAUAUCUCAUGGGAUGAUAGAAAGAUUAGGUCUGAAGUCUGUCGUGGUAGACCAACCCAUUAGGAUAGAGUUACCUGAUGGGCGAGAAUUUCUGGAUGUGUUUCCGGAAGAGUUAUCGGGUUUACUUCCAAAGAGAGAGGUUGAGUUCAGUAUUGAACUAGCACCUGGGACAGCACCAAUAUCGAGAGCCCCUUAUCGAAUGGCCCCAGCCGAGCUUCAGAAAUUGAAGAAGCAACUCCAAGAGCUUUUAAAUAAAGUGGCUGAGCAAGAUAUAGCUAAGACUGCUUUUCGUACAAGGUAUGGAUAUUAUGAGUUUGUAGUGAUGUCUUUCGGGUUGACGAAUGCCCCAGUAGUUUUUAUGGACUUGAUGAACCGGGUAUUUCACGAUUGCUUGGAUCAAUUCAUUGUGGUUUUCAUUGAUGAUAUCCUGGUUUACUCUAAGUCGAGAGAAGAGCAUGAGGAGCAUUUAAGACUUGUACUACAACGAUUGAGAGAAAAUAAGUUGUAUGCUAAGUUUUCUAAGUGUGAAUUCUGGUUGAAUCAAGUAUUAUUUAUGGGCCAUACUGUUUCUAGUGAAGGGAUUUCAGUGGACCCUAGUAAGGCAGAGGCAAUCCUUGAGUGGCAAAGGCCGAAAACGGUAAAGGAAGUGAGAAGUUUCUUGGGAUUAGCAGGCUACUUCCGACGAUUCGUAGCAGGGUUUGCCCAGUUGGCUAAGCCAUUAACAGCUCUUACCAAGCAGAGAAUUCCUUUUAUCUGGUCAACUACUUGUGAAACGAGUUUUCACAAGUUAAAGAAAAAAUUGACAUCAGCUCCUGUUUUAGUGUUGCCUCAGGAGGGUGUAGAGUAUGAUAUUUUUAUAGAUGCCUCACUGUAGGGACUUGGUGCUGUCUUGAUGCAGUUAGGUAGGGUGAUAGCUUAUGCUUCUCGUCAAUUGAAAGAGUACAAGACAAGAUACCCUACGCAUGAUUUAGAGUUGGCAGCGGUAGUCUUUGCUUUGAAAAUUUGGAGGCAUUAUCUUUAUGGUGCAAAGAGUAAUAUCUACACUGACCAUAAGAGUUUGAAGUAUUUCUUUACUCAGAAGGAGCUUAAUAUGAGGCAGAGAAGGUGGUUAGAGCUAGUUAAAGAUUAUGAAUGUGAGAUUAAAUAUCACUUACAGAGGAACUUGGGUACUAGAUUGGCUUUUAGCAUCGCCUACCAUCCUCAAACUGAUGGAUAAACAAAGAGAACAAAUCAAAUUAUUGAGAGAUUCUUGAGUGAUUAG